AACUUUUUUGGAAUUUCGCCCAGUGGAAUUCUCUUUGACUCUUUCUCUCUCUCCCAGCUAGAAACCUGUGUCCCUCUCGUUCCCUAUCUCCCUCUUUCGUUAACCUGUAAAGGUGAGCCGUUGACCGUUUUUUUUUCUCAGAAGAAACAAGGUGCUCUGCUGCAGCCCCACAAUCUCAGGUCAGGAUGUAUAGUUUCAUGGGCGGAGGCCUCUUCUGCGCCUUUGUUGGGAACAUUCUUUUGGUGGUCUCCACGGCAACAGACUAUUGGAUGCAGUACCGUCUGUCUGGCAGUUACGCUCACCAGGGCUUGUGGAGGUACUGCAUGUCGGGCAAGUGCUACAUGCAAACGGACAGCAUUGCAUACUGGAAUGCCACCCGGGCAUUCAUGAUCCUGUCGGGGAUGUCGUGCUUCGCCGGCAUCAUCGCAGGCAUCCUGUCCUUCGCACAUUUCUCCACCUUUGAGAGGUUCAACCGCUCCUUAGCUGCAGGGAUCAUGUUCUUCGUCUCCACUUUAUUUGUUCUGCUGGCCAUGGCCAUCUACACGGGUGUAACUGUCAACUUCCUGGGCAAGCGCUUCGGUGACUGGCGCUUCUCCUGGUCAUACAUACUGGGCUGGGUGUCUCUGCUCAUGACCUUCUUCGCAGGUAUUUUCUACAUGUGCGCCUACAGAAUGCAUGAAUGUAGGAGGGGGACCAGCCCUCGCUAGAGGGACCAGCCUUCACUCAAUCUCCACAAACUUUAUGACCAGAGGACAAACCUACAUUCAACGACCAUGUCCAGAGAGGCUUGAAUUGCCUUCAUGACUGGACGACAGUCAAAAAGUGUCUGACUUUACGACUCAGUGGACCCCUGGAUAUCAGCAGUAAGUCUGGUUGGAAGAGAGUCAUGAGACAUGAAGGGAACUUAUACAAUGGUGCUUAAUUUAUUUAUACACAUUAUCAACCUUAUCAAAGUCUUUACAAAGGGAAUUCUGAUAAAUGCUGACAGAAUCAUAAUCACCUAACGAGCCGUGUCCAGGCCGUUGCAAGUUAAGGGGACUGAAUGUUUGGAUGAGUUUCGAACUUGGGGAAGGAUUAGAAGCAUGUUGGUUUAGCAUGUUUUUAUUUCACA